CUGCAACUCCAGCGAAAGCUGAAGCUUGCGCUCUUUACAAAAAUUCCCAAACCUCGUUCACACCACUCGCCGAUCCCGGCUGCCCCUCGUUCUCGAGCCAUUGAGCGCUGGCCUCGCCCGGCUCUCGUCACUAACAUGGCGGGUACAUAUCUCCGCGCCCGACGGUCACUCGCAACCACUCUUCAGCCAUUUGCCCGACCUCAAUCUCGACUUAACAAUCAUGUUCCUCGACGGCUUGCCUCGACAACAUCUUCCACUAAGCGCACUCCCUCCACAGCCCGCAAUGUCUUCGUCACCACCGUCCUCGCCACCCUCGGCACAAUAACCUACUACUACGCCACCGACACCCGCGCCUCCCUCCACCAAUGGCUCGUGCCCCGCCUCAUCCGCGUCUUCUUCCCCGACGCCGAAGACGCCCACCACGCCGGCACCGCCGCGCUCAAGACCCUCUACUCGCUCGGCCUGCACCCGCGCGAGCGGCCCCCCUUCCCAGAAGACGCCGAUAGCACGGGCGCCAACCCGCUCGCGGUAACCGUCUUCGGCACGACGCUGCGCAACCCGAUCGGCAUCUCGGCGGGGCUGGACAAGGACGGCGAGAUCGCGGACCCGCUGUUCGCGCUGGGGGCCGGGGUCGUCGAGGUCGGCGGCUGCACGCCGCUGCCGCAGGCCGGCAACCCGCGCCCGCGCGUGUUCCGCGUCCCCGCCGUCGACGGCCUCGUCAACCGCUACGGCCUCAACUCGCGCGGCGCCGACGCCAUGGCCGCCCGCCUGCGCGAGCGCCUGCGCAGGUUUGCGCGCCGGUUGGGGCUGUCCGAGCAGGAGAUGCUGGCGGCGGAUGAUGUGGGUGUGCCGACGGGGAGUUUGUUGCCCGGUCGUUUGUUGUGCGUGCAGAUCGCCAAGAAUAAGAAGACGGAUGAGAAGGAUAUGGAGGCCGUUAUUCGCGACCAUGUCUUCUGUGUUCAGCGCCUGGCGCCGUAUGCGGAUGUGCUGGUCGUCAAUGUGAGCAGUCCGAAUACCCCCGGGCUGAGGGACCUGCAGGCGGCGGAGCCGUUGGCGAGGUUGUUGGGGGCCGUGGUGGACGAGGCGAAGAGGACCGAGCGGAGGACCAAGCCGAGGGUGAUGGUCAAGGUGUCGCCGGACGAGGAUGAUGAUACCCAGAUGGACGGCGUGGUGCAGGCAGUGUGGAUGAGCGGGGUGGAUGGCGUGAUCGUGGGCAACACCACGAAGCGGCGGACGGGGCUGGUCAAGGAAGGCGUGAAGCUUACGGGCAAGGAGCAGAAGGCGUUGGUGGAGGAGGGGGGGUUCUCGGGGCCCGCCAUGUUCGACCGCACCCUGAGCCUGGUUGGGAGGUACCGCAAGAUGCUGGACAGCUACUCGCUCAAGACCUCUGGGGUCGACGAUGUCUUCCCCACUCCAAAGGUCAUCUUUGCGACUGGCGGGAUUACGAACGGAGACCAGGCGCUGAAGGUGUUGAAUGCCGGCGCUAGCGUAGCUAUGGUUUACACCGGGAUGGUCUACGGUGGCUCUGGCACGAUUACGAGGAUCAAGAAGGAGAUGAGGGAGAAGCUCGCCAUCAAGGAAGCUUGAGGCCUCCAUUCCAUGCCGGUUGGGCACAGCUCGACACCCAAAGUGCACUGCAUGUUGAAGAACUUGGCGGCUGCUUGGGUGCGAGGGUUGCUCGAAGGACGCAAUGUCGGUGAUAGUUGAGCGUAUAGCAUGCUUCCAAGGCUGCCAUCGACCUACUACACUAGUAUGUGCCUCCGCCUGGAAAUGCCGCCGUUUUAGGCAGGCGAAUGCCGCUCCAGCCACGAUCAAAGAACGGAUCAAGGCGCUGGCUGGCGUUGAUCUUCAAAAAAAAACACGAUUUGGUAGAUUUCAAUUUUGUUGCGUGUUUGAGCGUUUCAGCGGAUUGCAAGAUCGUCAAUUUGAAUGCGUCACGGUUUUGAUUAACUAAUCUGAUGGCUGGAAGUUGGGAAAACCGAGGUAAUGAGGUUUGUGGGGGAGGGCUGUAUAGUUAUUGGACUGGGAGUUUAUUUGACUCCUGGCAAACAAUUCAAAUCUAGCUCAAGCCAACCAAAUAUUGC